AUGUGAUGAUCCUUUUGCUGCAGAUCUGAUGUGUUAGGUCAGUUCAUGCCUUUGGUUGGAAGGGACUGGACACAGUCUGGUGUUGCCAAGCUUUUUUCAGCUAUAAAGGAGAAAGGAUAUCAGCUGCUGUUUCUGAGCGCUCGUGCCAUUGUUCAUGCAUAUCUAACAAGAAGUUUCUUAAAUAAUCUAAAGCAGGACGGAAAAGCUCUACCAAAUGGUCCUGUAGUCAUUUCACCAGACGGGUUGUUUCCAGCAUUGUACCGUGAAGUGAUAAGAAGAGCACCUCACGAAUUCAAGAUCGCAUGAUUGGAGGAUAUCAAGAAGCUUUUUCCAGAGCACUAUAACCCGUUCUACGCUGGAUUUGGAAACAGAGACACUGAUGAGCUGAGUUACAGCAAACUCGGAAUCCCCAAGGGAAAG